CCCCUGUCAAAAAGAGAGCUUCCAAAAGCUACGCGUCCUUUCCAACGCUAGAAUAGCCUCUCCUCUCCCUCUCCCUCUCCCUCCCCCGCUCUUCCCCUCUCCUUCCCUCGCAAAACCCUAGCUCUCCCCACUUCAGAAAUCUGUCAAGGCAUGGACGACAAUGGAGACCAGCACCGGUCCGAUCCGUUCGCGGACUUCACCGCCAUCUCCGCCUGGCCCCACCUCGGGCCCGACCCGGACGGCCGAUACUUCUUCGGGGGCGAGCGGGACGGCGCCGCGCUCGGCGAGUUCGGAUGGAGCCUCCCGAUGGGAGGCAGCGGCGGCUGCGGCGGCGGCGGCGGAGGAUCGUUCGGAGCCCGCGACUGCUUCGGGGACGUCGACCAGAUCAUCGGCGCGGGCGCGGGCGGGGGCAGGUAUCGGCGGGGGCGGGAUCGUCGUCGGCGCCGCCUCCUCCUCCUCGCGGUUCCGACGCGGCCUCGGCCGUGGGCGGGACCGCGGGGGGGACGCGUCGACGUCGAACAGGUCGGCGUCUUCGGAGUCGAGCGAGGAUCCGCCGGAGAGGUCCGCGGCCUCCGGCGAGAGCUUGCUGGCGCCAGAGAAACCGAAUAAAGUUAGAAAGAAAGGACAAAAGAGAAUAAAGCAGCCGCGAUUUGCGUUUAUGACUAAGAGUGAAGUUGAUCAUCUUGAAGAUGGGUACCGCUGGCGAAAAUACGGACAAAAGGCUGUGAAAAACAGCCCAUAUCCGAGGAGCUACUACCGUUGCACGAAUAGCAAAUGCACAGUCAAGAAGAGAGUGGAGCGAUCCUCCGAAGAUCCUGCAAUUGUAGUAACCACCUACGAAGGCCAACAUUGCCACCAUUCCGCUGGGUAUCUCCGCAGCAGCACCAUUAGCCACGAGGCUACCUUCGGCAGGCAUUUUGCUUAUCCGCCCUCACAAAUUUACCAUCCCACACGACUUCACGUACCCAUAGAAACUUCUCCUUAUAACUUAAACACUCACCGUGCACCAACCUCUUCUGGAGACUCUCAACGGUUGCUGACUUCUUCUGGAGAACGCGGAGAACCCUCCGGCGUAAACCAACUUCUUCCUACCGAAGGACUGCUUGCCGAUGUUGUGCCUCCUAAAAUGAGAUGAGAAUUAAGUUAUGGUAAAUAAAUUAUGGUAAAUGCUAACUCGAACACGAACUAAUGGCUAUCUCUAUACUGAUAUAUGCUGUAAAAAUGGCUCCUAUUUAUUCAUGUCAUUGAUUUAGUGAAUUUGCGCCUUGUGGAUGGAGUACGCUCUAUGCUGAUUA